CGCUCAGUCCUCUCUUAGCGGCCAACGGUACCGCAUGUCCGCUAACAGAAAACAUACGCGAACAGCCGUGCAGUGUUAUGAUGCAAACCUGUGUUAAAUGGAUUGUAUCGUCGUAUAUUUAGACUAGUGUGAAGUGUUUAUUUAUCGAAGAUGCCGAAGAUAUUCCUCAUCAAGAAACGACUGCAUGAACAGCAGCUAGGCCUGCAAGAAGGGCAGGAGUUGUUGGGUAAAGGUGACCCGCUAUGCCCCGGUUCUCCACUGGACGACGGUCCGAUACCUCUUCUGUCCAAAAAGGAUAAGGAAUGCGUCGAUCGCGAUGUCUUUGGACAAAGCAAUGGAGCUAGUAGUGGGCAAGAUCGUCGCAUUAAAGAACCAAGAAGAUUUAUAUCAUCAAUAUUAGGAGGCGAAAUUCCUUAUGGUAGCCAUAGGGGACACGUUCUUACACAGGCAGAGAGAAAACAAUAUUUGCCAGUUGCUACCGAAGAAAAGAAAUCUGAAGAUAGACCUCUAAUUAAGGAAGAGAAAGAUCUCUUAGAAAGUGAACCAGUCGUCCUGCCAUCAAGAAAAUCACCUUCACCCGAAUCCAUACCUUCUCCUGGAAUAGACAACAGUAUCACAUGUCAGAAAGUAUCAGUAAUACAAAGAACCCCAUCACAGUCACAAUUCCAAAAAAAUAAGAAAGAAUUGUCUGAUAUAACAAUUCCAAAUACUUUGCCGACCUCCGAACCAGAGCAAGACCAGCCUAUUGAUUAUGCCAUUGCAAAAAAACGAGGUGAAACGGAAGAUGAAGAGACAGAAAAGAAAAUACGAGAACAAAGAAGAACUAGCAGCUCGAAAAUCGCAAACGGAAUUCUGGCUCGACCUGUGUUAGUAUUGCGAAAUCGGCCAGGAAGCAUUAAGAUCCCAGGAAUUAUUAAUGCCGCUGCUGGCCAUGGUCGGUCAACUGGCAGCAGUGGUUCAGCUGGUAAUUCUCAAAGCAGUGGUGGCUCAGGAAAUUUCAGCUCCGGUGCUGGAAGCGCUGCCCCUUCAUCUGGUGGGGGUGGGGCUCUUGGCGGUGGUUCGGGCAGUGGUGGCAACGGUCGAGAUGGUAGAUCUAAUUACGGCCCUAAUAGUCCCCCAACUGGUAGUCUACCACCGUUCUAUGAAACCUUGGGACCCUCAACUAAAAAUGGACAAAAUACAUACAAUGCAAAUGGUAACUUCUCAAAUGAGUUUAACAUGAUUAAUGGUUUUAACAUGGAUUGUGAGAAUACCGAAAAUGCAAAUACAAAUUUCUCAGAGCAGAGCAAACAAUAUUCUCUAAUGCAAAAUGCCCACUACGGCUUAGCUCUUAAAGAUGAAGAAAUUGAUUAUGAGAAUAAAUUAGAGAACUUAGGAACCAUUGGUAGUUAUGGAAGUAACUUUGAUGAAUCAAUGGUCGUUGAUAUGGGUGAAGAUGUUAUAGAUAACAACCAAUUUUACACAACUUUAACUUUUGCACCGAAUGAAGGCAUUCUAGGAAACCUAUCAGAUUCAACAGAAGACUUUGCAAGUUUACUGAAUAAUCAUGUUGAGUCUAUAACCGACUCUGAAUUACGUGAAUCUUCAUCAAUUACUCCUGACUCAGUGCACAAUCCAGUAGACAUUGAAUCAUUGGCAGAACAAGUUAGUUUAAGUCGACAGUACUACGAAAAAGCCAAUUACUUAGCAUUUGCAAGCCAAGAACAAAGUUCAACGUACAAUUUUGCCAAGGAGAGGCCAGAUUUGCUAAUGCAGUUAAAUCCAGCAUUACUCCAACAUAAUGAGGGACAAAUGCAACAAUUACAAAUUCACGUUCAACUCCAGCAAAGACAACAAAUUUUGUCGCCCGUAUUUCCAUUCACUAGUCACUCUUUAGACCUGGAUUCACCGACAGGGGUUUCGCUGCCAUCACCCGGUGGCAACAACUCCUUGGACAGUAACAACCACAUCGAGAACUCUGCUCUCAGCCCUGCUGCUGCUGUAAGUUUGAAGAAAGGCUCUAUCAACGAUAGCAAAAUUCAAAUUUUGCAACAAAGGUUGGGCUUACCAGCGGAGCUGCCAUUAGAAUUUAUUAAUGGCGGUCAUGGUGUUAAGAAUCCAUUAGCUACUGAAGCAAACGCUAGACAGAGGGAAGAAGAAAAAAAUAAACAAGUGCUUGUAAGCGAAGAUGACCCGACAAAAUUUGUUUGUAGAGUGUGCUCGAAGAACUUUAGUUUGCAGAGGCUUCUGAAUAGACACAUGAAAUGCCACUCUGACGUAAAAAGAUACCUUUGCACUUUCUGUGGAAAAGGCUUCAAUGAUACAUUUGAUCUUAAGAGGCACACAAGGACACACACUGGGGUCCGGCCUUAUAAGUGCAAUCUGUGUGAAAAAUCCUUUACCCAAAGAUGUUCGUUAGAAUCUCACUGUCUAAAAGUACAUGGCGUUCAACAUACUUAUGCUUAUAAGGAAAGAAGGACUAAGAUGUACGUGUGCGAAGAGUGUGGUCAUACAACAUCGGAACCAGAAGAACACUACAUGCAUCUCAAGAAACAGCAUCCCUAUUCUCCAGCUCUUCUGAAAUUCUACGAUAAGAGACAUUUUAAAUUCACGAACGCGACUUUCGCCAACCAGCUGCUGGGACAACUGCCCAUGCCAGUACACAAUUAAUUAAACAUUACAUUGACUGACUUCUGUACCGUUACUUCAUAAUUUAUUAAUACUUUCAAUAUCUCGGUACAGAGUUGUGUAAUGAUAUACGAAUUUAUUCCGUCCGUUGGUUAAUUUAAAGGACUUUGAUUAUGUUCCCAGUGUGCACGGGAAACAGCCUCUGUAUGAAAUUCUUGCAUUUAUUAUGUAUGUCUUCCAAACAAAAUGUUUGCAUUCAAAACAUUUUGUUCAUAAAGGUCUAAUUCCAAUGACAGAACACGCGUUAUUGUUGUUCUGAAUUGAAGAUAACUUUAUUUUUCACAGUCGAGGUAUAUCCUUAUGCCCUAUUAUGGCGUGACUGCAAUUAAAAAUCAAAGUAUCGGGUAUUAUGUGCAAUCUUUGGUGAUGGUACGGGAUUAAUGUAAGUUAGCUUUAGGACAAAUCGUAACAACUAGCUUUAGCUCGUAGACAUUUAUGAUAUUGACAUUGAAUUAGUUUCAUUUCAAAUCGGAUUUUAUUGGGCGUGGAAUGUAGAUGGUGCUAAAUGCGAGGAAUUUUUCUGCCGCGAUUUGGAACGAAACUAUGAUGAUUUGGAUGACACCUCUUGUCCAAAUCAUAAUACUUCCGUCAACUCCUGUACGGUUUUGAUAUAACUAUUAACUCCACAAUAAGGAAUCUCUUUCCUCGUUUAGUGAUAUUAGCUUCUAAUCAUCUCACAACAUAUUAACACAAAUUAUGUCACAAGUUUUGUGUGUUAUGUACUUAAUGUUAUGUUUGUUUAUUUUUUGUUGGUACUUAUUGUAACAUAAAUAUUUGUAGCUCCUCUAAUUGGGCUUAAACGAAGUCGUACCAUGUUAAAAUGCAUUUUCAGAAUUAUUUAUAUUAUUUAAAUUAUAGAAUCGGAUGCAGUUCGUGCUGUGAGAGUGUGUGAGAAUAAUCUAAAUGUGUAAUUAAAUUAUUAAAUGCGUUGUUUGUUGCAGCAUUUGUAAACGUCGAAAUAAUUGUUAUGUGAAUUGAUUUAGAUAAUUUAGGAGAAAGUUCUUUAUUUUAUGCUCAAUUUUGGUACAUUUGCGCUUUCACAGCGAAGCUUGUGGAUAUAAUGAAAAUUGUAAAUAUAUCUAAAUUUAGUAAAUUAGUAGUAAAAAUUGUAAUAAUAUUAUCUAAAUAUUAGUAGUACCUAAUUAGCGUUUAUGAGAUUUUUAAAAGAUAAUAUUGUUAAAGUAUUUUUUACGAUUGGAUAAGUUUUGAUUGAUCUGAACGUUUAUUUAAUAUAUUGGCUUAUCAAAAGGUUUUCGUUUCAUAGUAUUGUGACAGCGCAAUGUCUUGAAUAGUAAUCUCACGAUUUUUGCAUUUAUUAGCAUUUUGAGUCAAUUCUCAAAGUUGAUGUUUCUUAUUUUUUAAACACUCUUGUUAUUCUGUACUGAUAAGCAAUAUAUCAAGAUUAAAACAAUUAAAA